AUGGAGGCUUUCACCUUGGAAUUACUGUGUGCAGCUUAUGCUUUAUGUGUUGGAUCUUCAUCUUUGGAGGGGUUUUGAGAACACUUGUUGUCUAGAGACCUUUCUUGGAAAGCAGACUUGGACUAAAGUAGCAUUAAGAAAUGUACCUUUAAAACCAGGAAGGAGUCUUAUGGAUUGGAUUCGGCUAACUAAAAGUGGGAAGGACUUGACUGGUUUGAAAGGGAGGCUGAUUGAAGUUACUGAAGAUGAGCUCUCUAAACAUAACAAAAAGGAGGAUUGCUGGAUAUGUAUAAGAGGAUUUGUAUAUAAUGUCACGCCAUACAUGGAAUACCAUCCAGGUGGUGAGGAUGAACUAAUGAAAGCAGCAGGAACUGAUGGUACAGAUCUCUUUGAUCAGGUUCAUCGUUGGGUCAAUUACGAAUCAAUGCUGAAGGAAUGUCUUGUUGGGAGAAUGGCUGUCAAGCCUGUUGCUGCUGCAAAAGAGAUUUCUUCUGCUGUGUCUGAAGACAAGAAACAGCUUAAUGGUGUGCUUCCUGAGAAGAAAGUACUGGCUGCUUCUGCUAAAGAUUUAAGUCCGAGUUAUGACUGGUUCCAAACAGAUAGUUUGAUCACAAUUGUCAUAUAUACUAAGCAGAAGGACAUGAAUGCAGACUUGGUGAUAGUUGACUGUCAAGACAAACAAUUAAGGGGAGAAAUCAUCAUGGAUGACCACUCAUAUCUUGUAGAAGUUGACUUGGAUCACGCAGUUUCAGAAGAUGUGACCGUAAAUAUUGCUGAAAAAGUAGGGAAAGUAGAAAUUAUCUUAAAUAAAAAGGAUAAUGUCCAUUGGAAAAUGCUGGGACAGCCCUGUGAAGGUCAUAAUACUUUUAUCAAACGCACAGACAGAGGACUGUUCUACAGAAAAUGCAAGUUGAUUUCCAAGACAGAAGUUACCCAUGACACCAAACUCUUCUGCCUAAUGUUGCCUAAGGGAACACAUCUCCGUGUUCCCACUGGACAUCAUGUUUACCUCAAACACAUUAUUGCAGGGACAGAGGUAGUAAAACCAUACACACCUGUGUUGCCUUUUUUGCCACUGGAUUUCCAAGAACCACCUUGCCAUGAUGCUGUGCAUAUAUAUUUAAUGAUUAAAAUUUAUUCCCAUGGACUGUUCACACAGGCACUUGACCACCUACAAAUUGGAGACUAUAUUUCUGUCAGCAAUCCUGAAGGCAAUUUCAAGAAGUCACAAGUUCAAACUUCGGAAGAUCUCCUUUUAUUGGCAGGAGGCACAGGUUUCACACCAAUGGUUAAGCUGCUGAAUUUUGCUCUGACUGAAGUUAUCUGUCUCAGGACAGUGAAACUGAUCUUCUUCAACAAAACUGAGGAUGACAUACUCUGGAGAAAUCAACUAGAGCAAUUAGCUCUUAAAGAUGACAGGUUUCAGGUUCAAUUCAUUCUUUCACAACCAUCAAAAGACUGGGUAGGUAAACAGGGGAAGAUUUCUUCAUCUCUUCUGUCUGAGUUUGUGAAAAGAAGCAGAAGAGACUCCAAAGUGCUUAUCUGCAUCUGUGGUCCAGCACCUUUUACAGAACAAGGAGUGCAAUUUCUGAAGGACCUUGGAUACUCCCAAGAAGAGAUACAUGCUUUUACUGCAUAAACCCAUAGGAGGAGAUCAAUGUUUGUAAAUUCAGUGUUAUUUAUUUAUCUUCAUGAAUUUAAAUAAGUGAGAAACAAUUUUGUAAGACUUGAAAUUUCACUCUUGGUACCAAACUGUUUCUUGGAAGAAGCAUAUCUUGGAAAAGAAGUUUUAUACUGUGUUUUAUCUUCUUUUUGUAAAUAAUUUUGCUAAUAUUUAAGUCAUCCAGGGUAUUAAUUUAUUGUAGAGGCAAGCAAAAAAGUGUCAUAUACAUUAUGUCAGGUGUUUCAUGUUGUUGGUUCAUGAGAAUUCUGAAAUUUGCAACAAGCUCUGAUUAAGGUUUUGACUUGAUAAAGCUUAUUAUUUCCUACUGUAAAAAGUCCAAAGAGCAAUACUGUCUGAAAUUAAAUAUUGCACUGUAACUCAGGUAAUCGGUCAUUGAAAAAUUUUCCUUUUCAUCUGAUGUCUCUAUUUGACUUGCAAGUGAUCCAGAUACAUUUCUGGCUUUGUAAACAAAGAAGAAAAGUACCUUUGGUAAAAUAUAAAAUUUACAUCAAAUAAUAAAAAAAAAUAAUUUUACUUUAC